AUGAAGCUCCUCAUGCCAGCUACCCUCAUCCUGCUCCUCUCCCGCAGCCCAGGCACAGAGGCACGUGAAUACACCUCUGUCCUCACUGUGCCCAGUGGAGGCCACUGGGGCAAGUGGGGGGGUCGGCAAUUUUUCCACUAUGGCUAUGCCAAUGGAUUUGCACUGAGGGUGGAGCCCUCCCAGUUUGGAAGAGAUGACACAGCUCUGAACAGUAUAUGCCUGCAUUGUCAAGAUGACUCAGUCAUUGAGUCCUUGGUUGGCAGGUGGGGUUCCUGGACCAGCUUCCAAGUUUGCCCUGGAGGCUACCUGAUCUCCUUCUCAUUGAGAACAGAGAAGUCCCAAGGAGGAGGUGAUGACACCACAGCCAACAACAUCCAGUUCAGAUGCUCAGAUGCAAUUGUCCUAGUAGGUGAUGGACUAUCGUGGGGUAGAUUUGGCCCAUGGAGCAAAAGCUGCAACGUAUGCAGUCUCCAGACCAAGGUAGAGCCCCCCCAGGGGCUUCAGAAUGACACAGCACUCAACAAUGCGAAGUUCUUCUGCUGUAAAUGA